AUGUUACUUGCCAAGCUGUGUUUGCUCUUAGCUGUAUCUCUGCUCUGUCUGGGGCAGACACAUGGAGAAAAGCAGCUUCCAAUGGCCCUGUACACCAUAAACCUGGACCUGCCACCAGAGCAAAGAUGGCUUCCUCUGCUGAGAGACUUCAAGUCUUCAGCACCUCUGGUCGUGAAAUAUUUCUACCAGCAGGCUCCAAAAAUUGUCAAUGAUCUUCUGAAGGUUCUAAUGGCAGACCUCGAUGGCUACUUUGGUGAGCUUGGUCAAGAGAUGAAGGCCAUUGCAGACUACUGGGAGGUGGACUUGGGAAUUGUGGUGUCUCUCAACUUAGCAUACGUGCUGCGCAGACUUGGAGGGGGCCACCCGAACACUACUGGUAAUGUUACCAACAGUCAGAGCUAUGGGGCAGGGUUUGGAGAGAUGGCCUGUACAUCAAUCGUUGCACAGGACGCGACGGGAAACAUAUAUCACGGCCGUAACCUGGACUGGGACAUACCAGACUAUCUUAGGAACCUCACAGUUCAGGCUGAUUUCGUCAAGAACGGAGAGCCAUUGUUCACAGCUGAUGUCACUGCUGGCUUUGUUGGAAUUUUGACUGGAAUGAGUGUCCAUGGCUUCUCCAUAUCUGUGAACGAGAGAGACCUAGGUGGCAAUAUUGUGGAGGAUGCCUUGGAGGCUCUUCUCAAACACUCCAGUAGCCCCACACACUUAACAAGACAGGUUCUCACUAGUGCUACAAGCUAUGAUGAAGCUGUGGCCAUGCUGGGGACAAAACCGGUCACUGCUCCAGUGUACUACAUCACAGCCGGCUCCCUACCCAACCAGGGAGCUGUGCUCACUCGGGAUAGGAACGCACUGGCCGAUGUGGUCACCCUCAAUGCCCCUGACCUCCAGCAGGAACCUGCUGACACCUGGUAUCUCCUGCAAACUAACUACGACCGCUGGAAGCAGCCUGAUGCUAAUGAUAAUCGUCGUGUCUAUGGACACCUGUACAUGGAGUCUGUCGGUCAGGAAGCUGCAGCUCAGUUUGAUGGCCUUCUCUCUGUCCUCUCCACCUGGCCACUCACUAACUCUUACACCUCUUACACUGCUGUUAUGAUGCCAGGAGAAUUUGACAUGGAGUCUUUUGAUGUGUAUACCUAGACUAGUUAUCUUUUACAUGAAUUUUGUUUGUUUUUGUGUGUAGAUCUAGUGACUGUGUUAUGGUUUCACAUUCCAAAAGAGAUUGCGCAUGCGUAUACAAAAUACUAGCUUCCUCAAUUUUUUUCUAAAAUAACGGUAGCUAUACUCGAGGCUAACCGCAACCACAAUCUUUGGGGCGUACUUGUGCGACUCAGACUCUUGAUUGAUUAAAAUAUCUUUCUACUUUGCUAACUGUUCGGUGUCUAAAGUACAGCUGCAAUAUGGGAUCCGAAGGAAAGAUGGUUAUUCUGGUCAAAGAUGACAAGCCUUCUCACAUCUUGCAUUGUAUCAUCACUCUGUUCUGUCCUUGGUGGAUCGUUAUCUGGAUAUGUAUGUGCUGUAUCCAUGGAUGCUGAGCCUAGCUACACGCUGAAUGGAUCGAAUAAAUCGUACUUAAACUGUGUAGUUUUAUAUUGACGAAUCACGUAUAAUUAUUACAGCACGUCUCAGCUGGUUUUUGUAUCUAUCUCUAACCCUAAAUUGAUUAUGGUUAACCAA